AUGAUAGACCUCAAACUCAGUCCUCCUAGGGAGGGAAAUCGAGGAGGCAGGGAACAAUUCAAAUGGGAGGACCUCAAAGGACACGAUCUCAAGGAUAGGGAGUAUUAUCUCGGCCACAGCGUCAAGGUAGGACUCUUGAAGCGGAAGAAUACCUUCUAUAAGCACGACUGGUACCUGCAAUCCGAUUCCGCAACAAGCAAACCUCAAGAAGAUGAGGAACUUGAGCUCACUAAAAAGUACGAGGACGAGGUCAUGCAGGAAAUGCUGGGAAUUAAGCCAAAGAGGCUAAUGCUACUCAAAUCAAAGCCUACCAGCGUUCAGCAGUUGCGAGCUAUACUUGAGAUUCCUGAAGCCACAACAUCAAAGGAGGAUGAUUCUGAUGGAGAUCAUGGUCAAACAACAUCGCACACUGCAAGGGAGAGCAAUUACAGAAACUAUAGCCCAGAAAGACGAAGAAGUGAAAGUAGAGGCAAAGGAGACCAUGACCAUAAGGACCGCAAAAGGUCUAGAAUCCAUGAUAAAAGAGAUGAUAGACACAGAAGCAGGGAUCGUGGAUACAAGGCUAGAGAUAGGAGUUCCAGUGGACACAGAGGGUACGAAAGGGAUACUGAUGUAGAAUACAGACGCGAACAUUCCAGGUGUCAUGUGAGCAGACGCUCAAGGUCUCCACACAGACGUUCGCGUUACAGAUCAAAAAGUGCAGAUGAAAACUCCACCAGUAGAUAUGGCAGAUUUUCAAGGGAGGCCAAUUCGUACCGAAGAGACAAAAAGCACAAACACACUCAUAGACGCAGCUACUCGUAA